CUGCAACUGGCUCCUUUAUUUCAUUACGUAUUUUUCAUGGCGUGGCAUCGUGUUUUUCGUCAAUUUUCGUUCGUUCGCGUCUAAAUUGUGAUCGUAUAAUAUUUUUUAUGUCGUUUUCCUGUAUCGUCGCACAUGUUCCCUAGACAUUGAAAAAAUAAUAUAAAAUACUGUAUAGCAUAUUAUACAUCUCGUUGAUCGAUGUGCACUUCUACGUCAUUAUCACUACCUGUCUUAUAUGUCUUAUAUGUCUUAUAUGUCUAUAUGUCUUCAGGUCAGUUUUUUAUAUUAUCCAGUAGGUAGCCAUUUAUUCAAUAUUUGAGUAUUCACUAUUGCGGUAUGUGUUUUAAGUUUCUGACUUGUAAGUACGUUUCAGUUUCACUAUCUAUAUUCCAAAUCUAAAUAUUUGUUACUUCACGUCUUCUCAAUUGACUACCUAUUAAUACAAUUUUAAAUAAAUCAGUGCGAGUUGUCUUUAUUAUUAUUUUUAUUAUUCAAUUUAAUUUUUUUAACGAUGGCUGAAGUCGUAGAUGACAUAAUUAAAACCUUAAACGGAACAAGUGGUACGGACCCGGAGUCUGUAAUACCGGCCACUACCGAAGGUAUGCUGAUUGCAUACACCAGUUUAGUGGUCAUGUCUUUAGUGCCUAUAUUCUUUGGCUCAUUCCGAUCAGUAGAGAUACACAUUAAAAAUGAAAAGAAAAAAGAAAUACCUGAGUCCAUGACAGAAAAAGAUGCAAUGAUGUUUCCAGUGGUUUCUAGUCGAAGUCUGUUUAUGAUUUACAUUAUUUUAAGGGUAUAA